AGGAGGACUAUAAGUCUAUAACUAUUUUUGUGUGUUUUAUUUCACUCUGAAGCCCCUAGAAACAGGGGAAUACACAAAAGACACAAGUCACACAACGGAAGAAGUGGAGAAAGAAGUGGGAAAGAAACUAGCUCCUCCCUUGGACAAAAACUACCUUUCUUUUAGGGAAAAAAAGAGACCAAAAAUGUGGUAAAAAACAGAGAAUAGAACGUAGAAUCAAUGCUGACAAAAUAUUGGGUCAAGACAUCCCUUCCAUCUUUCCCCCGUCGUAGUGGUUGUUGCUGAUGAUGAUGAUGGGCGUGCAGCAAGCCACCGGAGCUUCACGCAACCGGUGGCUAAGAGUAGCUGCUCCGCUAAUAAUGUCAUCCUCCUCCCAGUCGUCCUCGUCAUCACGCCCCCUCUUGUUCAUCUUUAUUGGAAUGUUAAUGUUUUCGUCACAUGCAUGGGCUGCUAAGCCAUCAUCAUCAGGCAACAACCGAGUUUCAUCGGUUGACAGCUCGGCCGACGCCCUCAUUAGCUUCAAAAAAUCCCUCGUCACCGGCCCCAACGGCAUGACGGCGUCCCGGGCGCUGGCCUCUUGGGAUCCCUCCACCAGCCCCUGCUCCGGCAACAACCAGAACUGGCGUGGUGUGCUUUGUUAUAAUGGAAACAUUUGGGGUCUGCAGCUUGAGAAUCUCAACCUCUCCGGCGACAUUGACGUUGAUUCCCUUACUCCCCUCCGUUCCCUGCGGACUCUCAGCUUCAUGAACAACGCCUUCGAGGGUGUAAUGCCCGACUGGAGAAAGCUCGGUGCUCUCAAGUCGCUCUUCCUAUCCAACAACCAUUUCUCCGGCGAGAUCCCCGACAACGCUUUCUCCAGUAUGACUUCUUUGAAGAAAAUCCAUUUAGCUAAUAAUAACUUCGUCGGAAAUAUUCCCCUUUCUCUGGCAAUCACCCCUAGGCUCCUGGAACUCAGGCUCGAGAACAAUGACUUCACCGGAACCAUACCGGCCUUCCACCCUGGUCUCAGGUUGUUCAACGUCUCCAACAAUCAGCUCGAAGGUCAAAUCCCCCCCAGCUUAUCCCUUAUGGAUCCAUCUACUUUUUCUGGGAACAAGGAUCUAUGUGGAAAGCCUCUGGACACUCGUUGCAACCCGAAAAGCACUUCACCCGCCCCGACUCCUCACCCGACCUCUCCCGGGGGUUCCAAUGGCGGCAGUCGUAACAAUCCAGCGCAAUCAUCUUCUCAAAAUAGCACACUGCUGCUGAUAAUACUUUGCUGCAUGGCCUUUGUUGUGCUCCUUUUGGUGAUUAUCAUUUUACUUUACAAUUUCCGAUGCCAAAGCAGAGGAGGAGUCGAAUCUGCGUAUUCUCCCUACAAUGCUCACCCUGAGAAUUUCACCGCCGUGACGACCUCUCCGGAAGUGGUGCUCCCGGCCGUCCCCUCCGCCUACACGACUAAUCCUACUACUGCCCCUGCCAAAGCAACGCCGGGCGUGGGAAAGUUGACGUUUGUGAAAGGCGACAGGUCGCAGUUCGAUCUGCAGGACCUGCUGAAAGCUUCGGCAGAAGUGUUGGGAAGUGGGAACUUGGGAUCCUCGUACAAGGCGCUCAUGAUGGACGGGCAGGCCGUGGUGGUGAAGAGGUUUAAGCAUAUGAAUUACGUCGGGAGAGAAGACUUCCAUGAACACAUGAGACGGUUGGGCAGGCUUGAACACCCCAACUUGCUCCCUCUCGUUGCUUAUUAUUACAGAAGAGAAGAGAAGCUCUUGGUGGUUGAUCAUAUCCCCAAUGGCAGCUUGGCUAGCCACCUUUAUGGCACUGAUUCAAGGCUUGAUUGGCGAACGCGGUUGAAGAUCAUCAAAGGAGUGGCGAAGGGGCUAGCCUACCUUCAAACGGAGCUACCUAGCUUAGUGACUUACCACGGUCACCUCAAAUCUUCAAAUGUUCUUCUGGAUAAGUCAUUCAAUCCCAUCAUGAUGGACUACACACUGGGGCCGGUGGUAAACUGCGACCAAAUCCCCAACGUUCUGAUCGCCUACAAAUCCCCGGAAUACGCACUGCAGGGGCGCACCACCAGGAAAACCGACGUGUGGACCCUGGGGAUAUUGAUCUUAGAGACGCUAACCGGCAGGUUCCCCGCCAACUACCUGAUGCAGUGCCCGGGAUACGGCUCCGAGUUAGCGAGCUGGAUAGAGUGUAUAGCCGCGGGGCUAGAGGAUAGCGACGCCGGCGGUCAAUCCGACACAACCGUUUUCGACAAAGAGAUGGGGGAUACGCAAGCCAACCGGGGAGAGAUGCAGAAACUACUUAAGAUUGGGUUGGCUUGCUGCCAAGAAGAUUUGGACAAGAGGUGGGAAUUAAAGGAGGUCUUGGAAGAACUGAAAAGAAUCAAAGACCAGGAUGACGACUAAAAGUAAAAGGUUGCUAACUUAUAAAUUCAAUAUUUUAUAUGUUUCUGUCAACUAUUGUGAGGAUAUUUGUGCUUUUAUGUAUAUAUGUAUAUACAUCAAGCGGAUGCAGCUGCUUUACUUUA